GAGCUCCAGCAGAAGAUUCUGUGUGCCAAGUCUGAGAACUCCAAACUGAUGGUGAACAUUGACAAUGCCAAGCUGGCCUCUGACGACUUCAGAACCAAGUACGAGACGGAGCGGUCCCUGCGGCAGCUGGUGGAGUCGGACAUCAAUAGCCUGCGCAGGAUCCUGGAUGAGCUGACCCUGUGCAAGUCUGACCUGGAGGCCCAGGUGGAGUCCCUGAAGGAGGAGCUGCUGUCCCUCAAGAGGAACCAUGAGGAG